AUGUCAAAGGCUGCACCGGGACACAAGGACGCCGUCUACCACACGGAAUGCACGGGACAAGCGCUCGAGACGGUCAAGGCACACUCGUCUCCUUCUGAACAGACCUUGUUCGGCGCCUGCUUCUGCCCCUUUGUACACAGGGUGUGGAUCGCCCUCGAGUAUCUCGGAGCACCGUACCAAUACCGCGAGGUGGACCCGUACAAGAAGCCAGCAGACCUGCUCGAGCUCAAUCCUAAAGGCUUGGUGCCCGCGCUGAAGCUGUCCAACGGCAAAGGUCUAGCUGAAUCCACCGUCAUUCUGGAGUACAUCGACGAGAAGUACGGUGGCGGCAAGUCGGGACACUCCCUCUUCCCACCUCUUUCCGACCCCUACGAGCGAGCAGUCUACCGCCUCUCUGUCGACAAGAUCAACCGCAACCUCAUCCCCUCGUUCUACCGCUACCUCCAAGCGCAGGAGGUCGAGAAGCAGCUCGAAGGCGCCAAGGAGUUCACUGGCCACCUGAGCGACUUUUUGCGUUCUAUGUCGUCCUCGGGCACCAACGGCUUUUGGGACGGCAAAUCGCUCUCUGUGGUCGACUGCACUGUGGCUCCCUGGCUGUACCGCGCUACCAACGUGUUGCGCCACUUCCGCGGCUUUGAGCCCAGACAGCUUCUCGAGGCGGACGUGUUUGACCGAUGGCAGCGCUGGACAGAGGCUGUCUUUGGUCUGGAGGCUUUCAAGGCGACCACUUCGACGGAUGACCUGUACCUCGACUCGUACGUGCGCUAUGCACAGAACCGUCCCAUGACGUCGCAGGUUGCCGAUGCUAUCAACAAGGGUCGUGGCCUUCCCUGA